GGAGGGGGUAAACACCAGGGCUUUUUUCUUCUUGUUAAUUCUUUUCAUGCCCCACCUUCCUCCUGCGGUGCGUGCUGAAUUUUUAUUUUUAUCGCGAGAAGGGUCCAGCCGUCCCUUUACCCCGUCAACGGUGCUAACGUCGAAGUUUGGUACUCACGAGAGCUUGUCAGCUAUAUUUCGCUUUCAUCCGCACAUUUCGUAAAAUUUUCACCCCAUGGGGGUUCG